GAAUUCUUUCGAAUCAAGUGAUGUACCUAAAAUCAUUGACUACCUCAAUAUACACACAAUGUCAUUGCUUGGUCCUAACAAGAAACAACAAACAACUGCUGAAGCAGUUAGAGAAGAGUUUAAAAAUAUCCAAACAUUAUCAGAAUUAUUCACUGUACUACAAGACAAAUACAUAUCAUGGUUCAACUAUAAACUAAUAAUAAAACUUGUUGGAGUAUUUCUACCAAAAAAUCGUUCAUUAAAGAGGACUUGGUCGUCAUAUGAAGAGAAGUUAAAGGAUUAUUUUAUAAACAGUGGAGGACUAUUGAAAGAUGCUGAUGCUGUACAGUUUGGUGUAAAAGGCCUUCCUCCUGGUACACGAGUAAUGAUUGCUAAAGUUGACAGAGAUGACUACACACUGGAUGACAUAUUCUUCUUUCGUAGAGCAAUACCAGAAGGCUUGGAUAUUCCUGAAUAUGAUCUUCACUUCUGUUUUGUCUACGAUGGUUCUCUCUGUUUGGGUUACCUCAUUCCUGAGUAUCUUUAUUCUUUAUUAUUUCCUCUAACUACAAAGCUACAGCAACAGUUAGCUAGUAUUGGUAUCACUGAACUAACAUGUGGUGAAGAUAAAUAUGAUCUAAGAGAGUUCUCGAUAGAAGAGGUUAAGCACUCAUCCACUGAUAUUGGUAAGUAAA